GCUCGAUUGAACUUACCGUGCCAUCGAAACGAGGUUCUUCUACCUCAACAUGUAAAUCAGGUCUGUAUAGUUUCUUUUCUUCAGCUUCCUUUACUUACUCCUUUAGGCCGUUGAUGUUUUUCUUCGAUGGUUAGAACGUGAGCAGAGCACCAUUUCUCAAUACUUGGACCACUCUCCUUCUAUUCGCGAUUCAUUCCUGGCAGCGGUGCAACAGGUCGCCGGCCACGGGCUCUUGCUGACGCCAGUCGGAACACCUGCGGAGGAGCUAGAUGAUGAGCCUGCAGAACCCGCUUCUGAGGAGAUUGUUGGCGGGACAGGGACCGUGAAUCACGAUGGCGGAAACCAAAGAGGUGAUAACAGAACUCUUGCCAUCUCAGAUGGACUUUAUUCAGGUACCGCGGACCGUCCUAUGGGUGUCAAAACACAGUGGCCGGAGCCGGGGCUGCACAACCCAAAAUCGAAUGAUACGUCUUGUCGCCUGACUGUACCUGUUGGUCCUAUGGUUGUGGAUGGCACUGUCAGCCUUCCUGCUGCUAACAAUGUAGACUACUGUUUGCAAAGGCCCCUGGAUGAGAGUAUGGAAGGGGGUAAUGGAAAGGAUCAGUCCCAAACACUGGCGGUCGGUAAUAGGAAUGUCUCGGCGCUGGACGUCAUCCCUUCCGACCUCAGUGAGCGCAAUACAGAGAACCCCUCACCUGCUCUACGCCAAAUGACUAACUUCUCUACUUGUACAGAACCCUCUCAUAUCUCGAUUCGCACCAAACCAGAACAGACGAAGCGAAAACGUACAGCAUACUGUGGGAUCGGCGGCUCAGCAUAUCUGCCACCAGCUGGUAAGAUGGAGGCGCUGUCUAAGCUCUCUCUCAAGGCUUCGGACAAGUUCCAGAGGAUCGCAGGCCCCGAAAUCCUCGCCACUUUAUGGUACUACUUGCGUGCACAGAGAUGUUCUCCUUCGGAGCAACGACGAGCCAUGCCCCAAACCGCAGAUCCCUCAGAUACAAGUAUAACAGGGCAGCUACUGAAGUACCAACUUCAAUAUAAGAACAUGGGAACCUCGAAUGAAUACUUUGUUGAACUUUCUCGACGCUUAUACUUUGCAAGAAUAGCUGGACUAUAUGCCAAAGAGACGUCGGCUCGCAAACAAGCCCCGCCUCGAAGGAAAAGACGGAGAACAAGUGGAGGUGAUCGUGUUAGUGCUACCAAUACAUCUGUGAACGAUACCUUUGUCGACUUCCUUCUUCCGCAACUGCAGUUGAAAGGCAACACACGUAAAAAUGCUAAAAGAAGGUUUGAGAACUGGAGACAGAUAGGACGGGCGUGUGCAAAACUAGUUGAAUCUUAUGAUGUAGGCAUUCUGCUUCUAUUGCCUCAAGAUUUGUGGGAUGAAAACCUGCGAGAACUAACAGCAUCCCAAGAAGAUGCAUUAAUAGCAUAUUUGGAUUCUUCCAAACCAUGUUUGAAGACCGAUAUUAAGAAUCUCUCGUCCUUUCUCUCGGCCCUAAUCGAUGGUCAAUCCUUGCCGAAGCGGACGCUAAUGCUCGAAGUGUUAACUGAAGCUCAGAUCAGAUCUGGAGAGCUGGAAAUUCGACCGUUAAGAGAGCUACUUGAGUACUCUGACGAUGUCAAUUACGCCUCCUAUCUGACAGACGAAGCUCUUUCCGAGCUUUCUCAAACCGAGAGUGAUGCUUCACCACACCCCCUUGUGGACCUUGAACAUCAAGCCAGCAAUUAUGUGAAUUUGCCUAAUCUUACUGCUAGCAAUCACCAUGAUCCAAGCAAUAUGUCAUACACGGAUUAUCUUUCAUCUCCGAUAGAUUGGAAAGAGAUGGAUCGGUUUGGAGAAGACUUUUUUUAUUCUUAGUACUUAGAAUAGCAUUGAAUUACAUUCCUGAUUUUCCAAGCACUGCCAGCGCUCCGCUCGGAA